UGCGCUAGUCUCCUUCAAUUUUCAUAACUUGUCUGGGCUUCGUGCAAAUUUAACAAUUUUAUUUUGUGAUUAUUAAUGUGAAUUUAUGGAAGAAAAUAUUGCAGAAAUGAAUACAAAGGUGAAAAUAUCAAAUAUAAAAAUGAAUUUACUAUAAAAUUACCAUGAAAAGCCUUUAAGGCGUAAAAAUAAGUUGUGGGCUGCAAAUGAAAGAAAAUUGUGCAGUUUUUUGUUGGGGUGGAAUGACAGAUAAAGAAUAAAUAAAAGAACGGAGUGAAGUAUAUAAGGAACAAGAAAAACAAUAAGCGUUGCGGUGUAGGAGGCGGUAGGAGCUCAAUUUCGGCCAAAGUGUAGUGCUAAAAACAACGGAAGUGUCUACGGUGUGUUAAAUACGAGUUCCAGCUUCAUUUGAAUUUUGUUUUUGCAUCGUGUACAUAAGCCUGAGCAAAUAUAGGUGCAGUGUGGAUUGCUGGUAAAUAGGCUCCUUGGGCAAGCAGUCAAAUCAGAAAAUUUCUACUGCUGACGCGAAUAGCAACUUUUGACUAAAGUGCAAUCAAUGCAAUUAUUAAGAUUGGAAUUUUGCGGCAGCAAAGUGCAAUAAAGCGCAUUACCUACAAAUUCGUAAGAGCACCAGAGAAAAUACCAUAAAAUGGAGAACAAUGAAGAAGAAAUCCGGCGACAUCUGCGUCACGAAAUUGAAGUUCCAACCUAUCAUCAUGAAAUGGAAAUCAACAGUGCAGGGCCCGGUACGUUUGGUAUAGUCUACGAUCGCGGCGAGCGAACAUCUACGUUGGGCCUGUCAAUCGAACAAAACCCCUUAUCUUUUUACAUGAGCACACCAGCUGAAUCUGCUGCUGCCACUGCUGCAGUGGCUAACUAUCACAACAUGCACAACUAUCCGCCUUCUGUGCUCAGUCCACAUACGCCACCUAAUGUAACAUCACACUAUGAAGCUACUGCCACACCGUUGUCCUAUGAUGCAACCGCAAAUAUCUUACCGCAAUCAGCACCAGCUCAGCCAUUGGUUAGUGCUAUUGGUGUACAAAUGUAUGCACCAGUGCGUCAUCAUGUGCAUCAUUACAAUCAUGUGCAUUCGCAUCGUCAUUCUUUGGCGCAUCGGCCACAUCAUCAUCCACAUGCACAUAUGCUUCCACACUUGCAGCAAACCCAGCAUCAGCAUCAACACCAUCAUCACCAUCAGAAUCAACACCAGCAUGCACAUUCAACAUCGGCGUCUCUUAUGCAAAUGGACGGCGGUCACUCCCCCCAACGUUGUGCCUACGAUGCAUGCCAUAUACGACGUGAUCCUUAUUUGUUGUGCAAUAAAUGUUUGUCGAACACAUGCCGCUGUUCGCAUAGCAACACCGGAAGACUAAACCCACCGCCUUAUGAAGCAGCACAUGGCACAGAUCAUGUUCAUACCACACUUCUUGAGCAACAACAGGCCGAGCAAACACUUAUGACAGCUAGUAGCAUUGAAGAAGAAAUGCAACGCGUUGAGCAUAUGGAUAUUGGUGUGGGGCCAGAACGAGCAUCUGUAAAUGUCGCCACAAGUUCCAGUUCGGUGCUACACUUGCAAGACUCUGCAGAGGCUGCUACCGCCGUUGCAGUGAACGAUGAACACGAUUAUGCCAUGGGGAAUUAUUGGGUGACUGAUUCCCAACCAAGUGCUGGGGCUAUAUUAACAGCAACGGCCUCAACUGAUGCCGUCACUGAAAAGACUGAAAUUAAAUGUAAAAAAGUGCUUGCCAAUUCUACUCAAAAGUGCAAUGCAGUUACAACAAAUGGAACCAAUGUAGGUAGUAUGGUGUACAGCUCAGAGCCUCAAAGGCAAUUGCCACGCACUAGUCAAACUCGUACCCCACAUUAUGCCGCAGUGUCUACUAUAACCAGCAGCGCAUCUGUAGCUGAUGCCAUCGCUGUCGCAGAUGGCAACGCCUCUGUUGAUUCCUUGGAUGAUGAAAUGAUGGUUGCAUCAACUACAACAGCAGCAAACGCAGGUACAGCCGAGGAGUGUGAGGACCCCUCUUUAGCAAUGGAUGGCGCCUCUACUAGCCGACAAGCUUUGGUGGCGAGCAGCGCCGCAGUAGGAAUGAGCAACGAUGAAUUCAUACAUCCGAUUUCUGAAUCGAACGAGGCGCUAGCGCAUACUGAUGGUGCACGCAACACAUCCCCAAUAUCGCUAAAUACUAGCGAUGAAGUGACAUCCGCAUCCGAUACAGAGCACGCCAAUUUCGCGGACACAUGCACCACAAACACAGCCACAACUACGCAUGCCAUUAAAAAGCAAAGCAAGCCCUCGAAUGUGGUGGGCUCAAGUGGGGGCAACGAAAGCAGUGUCAGUGUUAGUGCUGGUACUGCUGGAGAAGGCAGAAGAAGCGUUAGCGGUUCGAUCAGCAAUCGUGGCUCGGUGGAUAAUAUGGAAGACUUGGCCGACAUGGAUGCGUUGCCCAGUUUCAGUGGUGCAUCAAACAACAAUUGUGCCACCCCCAAUCCGGGCAAUGAUGAAGCGCAUUCUUCAACAAGUUUUCGCUCGCUUGGUAGCUCAGCAUUUUCCCUAUUCAACGGCGACCAUAGCCGAGCACCAAAUCGGACUGAAGACGAUGGCGGUGACGAUGAUGAUGACGAGAUCAUCUGGAAUUUGCAUAAGCCGAGAGCUCAUAGCAAUACCAGCGCUGCAGGCGGUGUUCAACAUGAGAGGCACAAUCCGCAUGAGUUUUUACGUUGGCGGGAGCGUGAACGCCGGCGCAUACUCGAGCGCGAACAACAGCAGUUCAGGCGCGGUGGAAUUUCAAAUGAGCUGGCCUGGCUGCGAGAGUGUGACGCAGACAGCAGAGAUAGGCUGGAGGGAGUCUACUCACAAGAGGAACCCACCAGCAGCCGUGCAACAGACGGCACAUCGAGUGCCGCAAAAAUACCACGCAUCAGCAGUAGCGGCCUAAGAGGGCAGAGUGUUCGCGAUGGGUCUGAUGUAGUACACGAGUACAGCGGCGGCAAUAGCGGGGACUCCGCCGACAUGCAUACCGCACGUCGCAAAAUUUGGCGCAUGCUUAAUGUGCACGAGUCCAGUGAAGUGGAUGAAGUACCGCAGCCGAUGUCUCCGCAGCAGCCUCCACAGCACGCUAGGGUUCUGACGCCGCCCAGUAACUCAGCACCGACAGAGAUUUGCGCGGCAAUGGAGCCAGGUCCGUAUGUUAUUACCUACGCCGGACACAGUCAAGGCCACGCGACAGAAAACAGUGUGGUAUUGUUGGAAGAUAGUGACUUGGACGAACACCCACAUAUAUAUAGCGCGGGCUAUAGAAUGUCGGCUCCAGCUGAUCCUGGUGAAGUAGGUGCCACAGUUACAGUGCCCACAGACGAAGCUGCAGUGUCAUCACCUUCAGUGAUGCCACACUAUUUGGAUGACGAGCAGCCUACGUAUUCCGGUGCUGUGCCUAGUGCAUCGAUUGCUGCUGAUACCUCUAAAUCCGCCGGUAAGAUCACCACAACCAAUGCGUCCGCCAGCGCAGUCCAUAAUCAAUCAUCUAUAGACGAAGAAAGUGGCGACGUCGGCAGUACAGCUGUCUUAACAGCGCCUGAUUUGCAGUUAGAUUGGCUGUCGGACUCAACAGGCGACGACGAUGAUGUCGUUUUUGUGCAUUCCACUCGGGAGCCAAUACUCUCUAUUGAUUUAACCACCGACGAAGAUACGCCUGCGCCAGCACCGCUUGGAAGCGGCGACGUUGGAUCUGCCAAUGAAACAAAUGAAUCUGCAAUCGAAGCAAUAGAUGGGGCACAUCCGAGUUACUUACGUACCGCGACUGUUGCAGAUGAAACAGCGUCAGGUCCACUUAUUCAUCCCUACGCGGUUGUUCCCCCAGGCUAUCAACAAUGGGAGACUGCUGGACCUAGCAAUCAGCAGCAGGCUCUUUCUAAUAUGGAAGCCGAAGUAGCUAUGGCCCAGCGGCCGCUGCAUCAUCAUGAUUGUAUGAGGCAUGCUGUUUAUCAGCCACAGCAGGCCCACCAACCCCAGCACCAGCGCUUUUCUUCACUACUGCGCAGUCGAUACUACAAGUACAUACCGCGCCCGGCACCGAAUCCAUUCUACGAGCCACAACAGGCUCACCAAUCACAACAUCAGCGCCCAAUGCUGCACGAGUUGCCGACGCACGGCAUAUGUCCGGAAAUGCGACGGCUGCGCCGUUCACCACAGUUGAAUAUGCCGGCUGCAGCGGCGAUGGGUCGAUCCGCAAUACCUGUGCUGCGUUCUGGUGCCACAGCAACAGCGCCAGGCACAGACACCACCAUAAUUUCAAUACCCACCAUUGAGGAGGUCUCUUUGCAAGAUUUAUUUGGUAGUCGCGUACCCGCCGCUCACGCGCCUAUUCAUCAGACUCGCACUGAGGGCAAUAGUUUUCUUUUUCCCACGCGUCAUGGCGCUUCACGCUACGCUAGAGGUAUAUCAGCUGGCGGUAUAAACGAAGGUGUUGAGGCUGCCGACAGCGUAAGUGGCACAGCCAGCAGCAGCGGUGCUACCUACCCAAGCGCGCCAAGUGGUGAUAACAGCAACAACAGUAACAGCAGUCCACCAAUACCGCAAAUAGCGCCAUUUUAUCUACACUGCCGACGCCCCGACGACGAAAUGCCGCCGCUGCAACGUAGCACGCUUCACACUCAACAAGAGCCACCGCUCAUACCUUCGUGUUCAUUCAGCCGAAGUCGUUCAACAUUGGCUGGUGCGGCAGCUGCCGCUGCCGCUGCUCAAGCAUUUGCGCAAGCCGCCACUGUCAACACGGAGCACAUGCGCGGCGUUUCGCCUACAGCGACAAGCUAUGUGUCUGCCGCUGCGGCAGCUGCAGGGCCGCCAUCAAAUUCGAUUCCAGAGGCUGCUUCGCUCGCUCCCGCUGGCCACCUAAAUGUUGCGGGCAGCAGCGGUGCCGUUGGCGGUGACGAACGUGUUGGUAGCAUGAUUUCCUAUCCAACAUUCGCCGUAAAUGCACGUUCGCGUGUGCCAUUCCCUACGCUAAGUCUUCAUCAUCCCAGCGGCAAUAGUAGUGCAGCUAGUGCGAGCACCUCCAGCCAUCACGGUGGUGCCCAUCAUGGCGGCGCAGCGCCACCAUAUCCGGUGCACCAAAAUCUUUGGUAUCGCCAACAGCAUAUACAGGAAAUACAUCGCCGACAUAUGACGCCUACACCUAUUGAUCUCUCCUCCAAUCCACUCAAUUUGACAAACAGUUUCCGUUGGCGCUCGCAGCUACCGAAUACUUGUUCGUGCGUGCAUGCCAGCAAUGGACCGGUAUCCAGUUUGGAUCCAGCCUAUUAUCCAUAUGAGGCACAACAACGUCGCCGUUCGGCUGUGCACCACCACAUGUUUCAUCAUUACUCACCGGUACAUUUGGAAAUUGGGUUGUCCACGCCGCUAUCAACAAUUGGGCCACACAUUUUAAUUGGCUCUGCAAUAAGGCCAAAUCGUGGCGCCACAUUGGAAAUUAUUGAGCGUAACACAUUGCCGCAUAAAUAUAAGCGAGUACGUCGCCCCAGCGAGUCAGAUGAGGAUGCUGAGAAGUGUGCCAUAUGUUUGUCGUUAUUCGAGAUUGAAAACGAUGUGCGCCGCUUACCUUGCAUGCAUCUCUUCCACACCGAUUGCGUCGAUCAAUGGUUGGUCACCAAUAAACAUUGUCCCAUCUGUCGUGUGGACAUCGAGACACAUUUAACUAAAGAUGCGACCACUACUAGUGCUUUAUGACACUCAUCCACAACGGGGCUGCUGAUGUAAUGUGGGGAGAAAUGUGGGAGACCGGAGAGAGAAUAGAGAUACUUAAAAUCUGCAGCAAAACAUCGAAACGAAUGCAAAGGAAAGAAAUGCGCGACGAACGCAAUUAUUGUACAACUCACAGUUGAUACGCCAUGAAAAGGAGAAACAUAGCCUAUAAGAUAUUUACAUAAAAGUAAAAAAAGAAAUAUUAAGAAAUACUUUUAAAUCCGGGUACCUACAUUCGCACCAUGAUUCAAUAAUAAUUAUAAUUAUUGAAUCAUGCAUUCGCUCAUUUGCUGCAAAAGUGUCAUAAUAAUAAUGUACCCACUACCAGUAACUCACUAGAAUAAAAUAUAUAUUAAUUUUUAUUAUGGGAGUAUAUAUAAACUCAAAUCUUUAAAGGCGUUUUUCUCGUUUUUUUUUUUAUUUUUUGGAUUAUGACACUUGCAGCAAAUGUGGGAUAUCCAUUACAAGCCAUGCAGGAAAAAAUUGAAUUGUUGCUGUAGUUAGUGUAGUGCUUUAAGCUUUUUUUUUUUU